CAAAUUUGACCUAACAAAAACAUGGCAACAGAAACUGCAAGUGAAACAAGUAAUUCUGAAAAUGAAUCAGAAAUUAUUUCUAGAUAUGAUGACACUGAUGUAGAUACAGAACCUGAAUGUGAAAUGGCUGAAUUUGAUUUUCGUAAAAAAGUCCAUUCAAGAAAGUCGCGUAAUCACUACAAAUACAAUUCCAGCAACAGCAAUGCCCGCAUAAUAUUUGGGUCCAAAUUCAAAGGUCAUUCCAUUCAGGCGAAGGAUCACCAUCCAAAAUAUAACAAAUCGGGCACAAGCAGCACAGGCCAGCAUCACCAUCGGCUUGAUCAGCAUUCUUCUCAGACCCAGUCCUGCUCUUGGAGCUCUGAUGCUAAUAAUAAUGGAAACAGAUCGGAUCAUGAUCUAGAACUAGAUGAAUCGCCGGCUGAUCAAAUUCAACGGACAUUGGCCUCAACAUCUAGAAGAGAAAGCAACCAUCAUAAUGGUACUGCAAAGCCCAAGUUCAUUGGCAGUGGGGUUGCUGAGCAACAACUGAGACUGAGUCAGAGAUCAUCUGAAACCAAACAAAUGGAGGAGGGAGCUGUGACCUUCAGGUCAUCAAAGAAACAUCGGCACAGGCGUAAGAGAUCCAUCCAGAGAAUGAAAUCCCUUGAUCAGGAGAGCAUAAGAACUUACAAAAAGACUCAACACUCAACAACAAGUGACAUGGCAUUGAUGGCAAGGAGGAACAGCCUCAUGAGUAGUGGCUUGAUUCCUGUCAAUAUGAAUUUCAACAUAAGCGCACUGAUUCAUCCUUCCCUCAUCAACAGAGAGGACGGUAUUCCGAUGAAGCGGAGAAAGAAAAUGUCACUAUCAUCGGAUUAUGAGGCAAUGUCAGAUGAUGAGUUUACAGAUGUGCCUACUCUCAAGGAAAGGAGGACAACGUCUGCAUGUAGUUCUCCCCAAUGUGAGGAGAUUUACACCAUAUCCGACAGCUCUGGAGACAAUGAUGGUACAAAUGAGAGAACUAGGAGGUCGCCAAAGCUCAGCUCGAGCGACUCUGAUGUGAUUUGUUUAGAUUCUGACUCUGAUAAAAAUAAUGCAAGUUUGCAGAAAGAUCUCCAGCCUAUCCCCGUCGACUCUAUGAGUGAUGUGUCUGAUCAUCAUGCUGGUCAUGAAAACUAUUCAGAUUCAGAGAUUGACUGUGAUGAUGCGAUCGUUUGUGAACAAGCAAAUCUUACCCAUAGAGUGUCAGUGAGCAAUGGCUCAGAUCAUUUCAAACUUCAAGAUGAUGAUGAUGACGAUGCUGAACAUUCAGAUUCCAGCGACUUACCAGAGUAUCCGAUACUUGAGGAAGUGGUACCUUACACAAGUGUGCCAACAUCCAGCAAUGUCAAUGAGCUGUAUUCGCAUACACAGACUGUGGAGAGUCAUGAAGCAACUGAGCACAGACCUGUCAAGAGAGAAUCUGUACCUUCCCCUGAAAGAGCACCACUACCAGUACAACCUUUAUCCGUAUCAGAUGAUGAUCGAUCAAGACAUUCUUCAGGAGAAGUGGCUGAAAAUGAGGAACAAGUAACAGAUGCCUGCUGGGGAUCUUUCUUGUUAGCUCCAGAGGAUACAAAAGCCAGUGAUCUUUCUGUAAGAAAAUAUCAACACACGCAUAAGAGAACUAAGCCCUUUAGUGAUGAUAAGUGCAAUGCAGUAAAUGCCUGUCAUGAGGAGGAAUUUACACAGGCAGCAUUAAACUUGGUAGAAAAGUUUACAACAAUAAGCCAUAAACCACCACCGCAUCUUCUUCAAGAACUCUUCCACGAGACCUUAAGAAAGUGCAAAAGCAAUGCAGAAGCUUUGAUAGUGUUCAGGUGCCUCAAAAAGAUACAACACCUACAUCAUCCAAAUGUAAGGGAUUUUCCCAUUGAGUGGGACCUCGUCAGAACUAUCGCAACGGCGCUAGUCAAUGUACCAUCAAAUGGUGAUCUAAAUGAUAGUGUUUUAGCUGUCAAUAGAUGGCACAUAGACCUACUCUCUCUACACUACCUUGUGUCCAUUCUUGAGGAUGAUGUAGAGCGCAAGGCAAGGUGGAACACCCUGAAGAAGUCCUAUGCCUUCUCAAUCCUCAAUCCGGACACCUGUAGGAACAAUUGUCAAGAAGUUGUCAGGUGGAUACAUAAGGUAGUUUCUGAAUUGGAACCUUCACCUGGGUGCAGUGCGUCUACAUUCAGGUCAACAGUCUGUAGCUGUCGAUGUCCAGAAAGUACUUGCCAUGUGAAUUAUCUCCUUCCUCUACUUGGGAAGCUCUUGGAAUUAAGCUUCAGAAUGGCAGACUCUUGGACCUUGAAAACACAUUUACAGAGGACUGUUGAGGAACUGAGAAGCUGCGAUUUCAAAGGACUGCCACAGCUGAGACUUCUCUUUGAGACGUUCCAGCAGCCAUGGCUGAGACUCAAGCUCAGCGAACUGAUCUUCAACAAGCGCUUCGAAUCCAAUAUCUUCAGUCAGCCAAGAGAGAACAUCUCCAUCACGAGAAUCGUUGAGGAGUACUUCCUCUUCCUGCCAAAAUCACCCUCCUCAAGCAUGAACAAUGGGGGAGAUAUGGAGGAUGUGGUGAUGGAGACCACAUUCAGUAAGAGUAGUAAAGAAGAGAUGACCUAUCUGCUUCUUGUCAUGCUGCGGAGUUACAUCCAAUGCUGCAGUGGAUGUCAGUCCAAGGAUGAGCUAAGUAAGAAGUCAACAUUUUCCAAGUCCUUGUUGCUUUGGUCAUCUGUGUGCCGGAAACAGCUUUCUGAUGAUGACCAAAUCAGUCUACUCCAGAUAGGUGACUAUGUAGACCAGCUUAGAAACCAUCUCAAUUCUUCUUCAGAUGAGACAAGUGUGGUGACUGAGGUGUGUCUAGUACAGAUGAGUCUUCUUUAUGACUGGAUGUAGUAGUCUUUCAUCUCUACCUUCUACAAAGCAGGUCCUUUUGAUGGAGGUCAAACGGACACGGUCUUCCAGUAAUGAUACUCCCCAAGAUCAUCUACUGUAUCCUUGCUACAUAGAAUCUCUAAGAAGUUAUCGAUAAUUACUCAUAGGUUUACAUGGAUUCACCCUUGUAUUUAGACUUUGUUCGAGUUUGUUAUCAAGUACUUUGUAGGGAACAAGUCUUUGAGGAGGUGUUCCAACAGUUUUCCUAAGUGAGAAUCCAAACACAAACACUGUUCCUUCAUGAUAGCAUUCAAUCGUGAAUCCUGUUCCUGUCUAUUUAAAGCCCACCCACUGCAUA